AUGCAAAUUAUUGGCCGAAGGGAGCCGACGGCUCCAUCAAGAAGACUAGCGGGACAGGGAUCUUCCUGUAGGCCCAGACAGCGACGUUAUGGGACUUCGGGGGUACAGGGAGGUGAACGGCCCCGUUCUCUCGAAGGCGGCUUAAGGCGUCGCCGACAUGGACACCCAGGAGAACCUUCUCUUCCUACUGCAUUUUCAUUCCCGUGGUUUGUUGGAGGAGGUAACCCGCAUUGGGAGGAGCCUCUGGGCGAGCCUCCACCCCCGUAUGAAGAUUUGGGGUAUAGAGAGCCUGAUGAAACAAGCACAACCCGACGGGGGACUCGCGGCGAUUCAGGUAAUACCCGAAGCUGGUUUGGGGGGGAUGGAGGGGAUGAUAUGCGCAGUGAACUGCCUGACUCAAAGCCAAUGACCAGUACAGAAUAUGGAAUUGGCGGAGGAAGGGUACAGUGGCAGAACGAUGACGGACAGGAUCAAGGGGAACAAGGACUUGCUGCAGGUGGCGCACCAACUGAAGUGACUAGGGGAAGCGGACAAGGACAGCCGUCAGACAGGCUUGGGGGGGACCCAGCGGGGGGAACCGCUGACGCAUCUGACCGCGUAGGACCGCCUUCGCAAAAAGGCAGUCCUACGCGGCAAAGUCGACCUCCCGGGGGGGUGUUGGGAGACGUGCAGCAACGCAAGCGUUCAGUUUCUUCUUCUGGUGAACCCUUAGGGGCAUCAAGCGGUUCAGGGGCAUGGGCCUUGUGGGAAGUCCCGGGGGCUCAUCAGGAUCCGCAUGACAAUUCAGGGGGUCGUACACCCGAGGAAACCGCGACGGCGGGAGCGAGCGGAGGACCUGCUGCAGAGGAUGAGCCGGGGGGGGAAGCGGAGUCAACGGAGGGAGAAGCGCAGGACAGAACAGCACCAGCGGCUGCUGCUCCGUCUUCUCGCCGCACGUCUGUUGUAGCUCGAUUGAAAAGUGCAGCUGGAGGCGUAGGCAAAAGGGUCAGAGAUGCAUUGCGGCGGCGGAGGGGUCAAUUUCCGCCGCGGGAUUUUCCCCAGAUUAGCUGCCCAGAGGCAAAGAGGGAACUAACUCAUUUGGUUUCGCUUAUUGGUAGUUUGGGCAAGCAGCGUCGCGGUCAUCGCCUUGGACAUUGCUCAUUGCUAUGUGGUGGCGUAUUCUUCGAAUUCAGCAUUUCCGAAGGACAGUUGGGCCAAACUGCGGAAUAUUUGGGUGAUUUUGUCUCCAUGGUAGUGGGCGCUUUCGGCGACGAGGAGGGGGAAUGCUCUCUUCAACAGACGCUGAGCUUUGAGAGUGAUUCGGACAGUGGUUUGUCGGGUAGUAUUAUAGUAACCUGCUCAGGUGAACAGGAAAGCUUUUGA